AUGCUGUUGCUAAGAGCCGCUCACCUGCAGCGCUCCCCCGGGGCCCCGCCGCCUGGCUUCGCGGGGGAGGCUACAGGCGACUCUGGUUUAGAUGCUGCUGCAGCCGUGCAGAGUGAGGAAGCCAGUGAGAAGCUGGGCUGGAACCAUGCAGCGGUGGGCAGGGCAGGUGCACCUGCUCACAGCAAGGGUCACAACCACCUGUGGGACCGUCGCCGCUCGGGCCAGCGCCCGCGUGAGGCAAGCGGCCAGAGGCAGAUGAUGCCUGAUUUAGAUAUCGGCUCACCGUGGAUCCUGGACCCGAUGGGAGAUGCUUACUACUACUGGCUCAUCAUCUCCAGUCUCCCCGUGGCCUACAACUGGAUCAUGCUGGUCGCCAGGUGUAGCUUCACUGAACUGCAUUGCAGGUACCUGACCAUCUGGCUGGUUCUGGACUACCUGUCCGACUUCAUGUACCUGCUCAAUAUGGCCGUCAGGCUCAACACAGCUGUCUCCACUACAGGCCACCUGGAGCAGGGCGUGUUGGUGACGGCCCGCCGGCCCAUCGGCCGCCGCUACCUGCGCUCCGCCACCUUCGCGCUGGAGCUGUGCUCGCUGGUGCCGGCCGAGGUGCUGGGUCUAGCCCCGGGCUUGGGCCUAGUCCCAGGCCUGGGCCCUGUCGUGUGCGCGCCCCCGCCCGCCCUGCGCCUCAACCGGCUGCUGCAGCUGUCGCGGGCGCGCGAGCUGCGGGAGCGCGCGGAGACCCGGUCGGCGCACCCCCCGCUGGUGCGCGUGUCCGCGGCCAUGGGCCUACUGCUGCUGGCCAUCCACUGGAACGCGUGCGCCUACUUUGCGCUGUCGUCGCGCCUGGGCCUGGGCAGCGACGCCUGGGUGGCGCCGGCCGCCGGGGCCACGGGACUGGGCCUGACCCGCCAGUACCUCCACAGCGUGCACUUCUCCACGCUCGUGCUCGCCACCAUCGGGAACACGCCGGCGGCCACGCGCCCGGAGGAGUACCUGUUCGUGGUGGGCGACCUGCUGGCCGCGCUGCUGCUGAUCGCCGUGGUGGUGGGCAGCGUGGAGUCGGCGGUGCGCCAGGCGGCCAAGACCCGGCUUGGGGCCUACCCGGACGCCCGCGGCCUGAGGCGGUUGCUGGGCGACGCGCGGGCCCCCGCCAGCCUGCGGGAACGCGCGGCGCGCUGGUGCCGACACGUCAGCGCGUACGGUCGCGCCGUAGACGAGGAGCGCGUGCUGCUCCUGCUGCCCGAGCGGCUGCGCGCGCUCCUGGCCGCCCACGUGCGCGCCCCCGCGCUGGCCCGCGUGCGGCUGUUCGGCGGGAGCGGGGCGAGCACGAGCGCGGGCGCGGGCACGAGCGGCGGCGGCGGCCUACUGGAGCGCCUGGCGCCUCGCCUCAGGCCUCAGGCCCUGGCGCCUGGGGACACGGUGUGCCGCCGCGGGGACGUGGGCCGGCACAUGUACCUGGUCCGCGACGGCUGCCUCGCCGUGAUCGGGCCCGACGGACUCCCCAUCGCCACCCUGCACGCAGGCAGCUACUUCGGGGAGAUCAGCGUCCUGCACAUCCCAGGCAACAAGUCGGGGAACCGGAGGACAGCGACUAUCCAGAGUGUCGGCUACUCGGACCUGCUGGUGCUGAGCAAGGAGGACCUGGCUGAGGUGCUGCAGGAGUUCCCCGAGGCUCGGCAGGACCUGGAGGAGAAGGGCCGGGAGAUGCUGAGGAAGAUGGGGAUGCUGGAGGAGGGGGAGGCCUUCCCGGUGGAGGUGGACAGGGAGGGCCUGCUGAAGAAGGCCGAGCGGUUGGACAAGGCCCUGGAUUCGCUGCGCACCUCGCUGGCUCGCCUGAUAGGCGAGAGACAGUCCGCCUUGCACAAAAUGAAGCUGCGUCUCCGCCGGCUGGAGCGCUGGCUGGACACCCACAAGGAGGCCGGCCCAGUGGCACCGGGCCAGGGCCAGGGACAGGCCAAGGCCUUGGUCCAUGGGCAGCCUCAGGACCAGGCCCAGGAACCAGAACCAGAACAAGCCCAGGCUUCAGUCCACGGGCAGACACAGGCCCCAGCCAAGAAACGAACAUGGAACCAGCUGAAGGCCCUGGUCUUGGGCCACAGAGAGAUCCAGACCCAGGCCCUAGUGGAGGAUCCAGGGCAGCCCUGAGCCCAGGCCCAGCCCCGGCCAUGACCACAGGGAGCUCCACUUCUAUGCCGAGACCCAGGUUCCUCACCCGUGCCCCAGGCUGAGACACAGGACCAAGCCCGGCAGCAGGCCCAGGGCAGGGUGCGAGCAGUCACAGGAGCAGAGUCAGGCCUACUUCCUUCAAGCAUUCUCCCCAACCCCAGGAUCACAGACUGUGUGAGCCUCUCUGUUGGAUAGAACCUGGGGUUCACUGGCUGGGCCCAGGUUUAGGGUGACCAGGGCUCGACAUGUCCGGCUCACCGAGCUGCCAGAGUGUGCAGGUCAAGAGUGUUUUGGUGUUAUAUGCCUCAGAUAGAGCAAUGAUAUUCUUACUGGUAGCAACACAACAGAUGUGUAAAUUUAGUAUACUGUAA